UGACAGUAAAAAUAUAAAAAGUUGGCAGCUCUGCUUCUUAGUGUUUAAACAGCAACCUAGAAAUAAUGCAGCAAUUCAGUUCGCAAGAGAAGUAUUUGGUGUCCAACACCUUGAAUUGCUGGCCCGUGAUGCUGCAGGGCCACUCCGUGCUCAUAGAUUUGCAUAACGAGACCUCCGUAGCCGGGAUUAUCGAUGUAGCCGAUGGGCACAUGACCUGCGAACUUACACAUGCCGUUUUCAUCGAUCGGAACGGGGGACAGCAUCCUUUUGAUCACUUCAUGGUGCGGAAUCGCAUGAUCCGGCAGAUUCACAUACCCAACUACUUGGAUGCAGAGCAGGAACUGCGAAACGCAAUGGAAAGAGGUGUCCUGCGUAGAAAACGGGUGGAUACCAAGGGAGGAAAGCGCACUUUCAAACAAAAACGUGCGGAAAUGCGGCACAAGGAAACUUUACAGAUGAUAUCCCAGCAGAAACAAGAAAAACAAGAGACCUAGACUACGAGUACAUCAUUGAGCACCAAUCCCCAAAACUCAUUUGAUUUAGAAUAAUAAUAUUAAAUACUAAAGUCUAAGUAAGAAAGUCAAGAGAAAAAGAACACAACACUGAGUCUCUACCACGUUCAUUUAUUCCAAGAAAUACAAACUUCGUUCGACUGAAUAUCUUAUAAUAAAAUCCAAUUCUACUGA